GGUCGCUCAGGACAAAGCUAGCAGGGGAGCUCUGGACGACGGCUGGAGGCCAACAGUCCCUACAGGUGGUGCCCCGGGUGAUGUACUGACAAUGAGCGGGUGUUUUCCAGUUGCUGGCCUCCGAUGCCUGUCUAGGGUAUGUCGUGGCCUGGUGUGGGAGGCUCCGACUUCCCCAAGCCCCACUGCUUCUCCUGCUGCCCGCUUGCUUCGGACUCUGGCAGAAACCCCACCUGCUGACAAGUUCCUCCCAGGGAAUUGGUCUUGGAUGUGCCAGCGCCUCUGGCCGAGGCCCGCUAACCAGCCUCUCCCCGGCCGGCUUCCGCCGCGCCCCCUCUCGCUUGCUCCCUCCUCUCUCCCCUGCUCCCAGGAAGGAGGGAUGGCUGCGCAGGGCUCACCGCGCUUCCUCCUGACCUUCGACUUUGACGAGACUAUCGUGGAUGAAAACAGCGACGACUCCAUCGUGCGCGCCGCGCCGGACCAGCGGCUGCCCGAGAGCCUGCGUGCCACCUACCGCGAGGGCUUCUACAACGAGUACAUGCAGCGCGUCUUCCAGUACCUGGGCGAGCAGGGCGUGCGGCCGCGGGACCUGCGCGCCAUCUACGAGGCCAUCCCCCUGUCGCCCGGCAUGGGCGAGCUGCUGCAGUUUGUGGCCAAGCAGGGCGCCUGCUUUGAGGUUAUUCUUAUCUCAGAUGCCAACACCUUUGGCGUGGAGAGUGCGCUGCGCGCCGCCGGCCACCACGGCCUGUUCCGCCGCAUCUUCAGCAACCCGUCGGGGCCCGACGCUCGGGGGCUGCUGGCGCUGCGGCCCUUCCACGCGCACAGCUGCGCUCGCUGCCCCGCCAACAUGUGCAAGCACAAGGUGCUCAGCGACUACCUGCGCGAGCGGGCCCACGACGGCGUGCACUUCGAGCGCCUUUUCUACGUGGGCGACGGCGCCAACGACUUCUGCCCCAUGGGGGUGCUGGCAGGCGGCGACGUGGCCUUCCCGCGCCGCGGCUACCCCAUGCACCGCCUUAUCCAGGAGGCGCAGAAGGCCGAGCCCAGCUCCUUCUGCGCCAGGGUGGUGCCCUGGGAAACCGCCACCGAAGUGCGCCUCCAUCUGCAACAGGUGCUGAAGACGUGCUGA